AUGCCCCAAAAUUUCACCUUACCGUCAACCUUAAAACCCUACAAUGGAAUAGGAGAUCCGAAUGUCCACGUCACCAAGUUCCAGGCCAUGAUGUUCAUGAAUAAGGAGUCCGACCCGAUCUUAUGCCGCACAUUCCCAACUUUCCUAGAUGGAGCCGCUCUGAUUUGGUUUUCCAACCUCCCUGAAGGCUCCAUUUCUAACUUCGACGAAAUAGCAGACCAGUUCGUCAACCACUUUGCCGCAUCUAAAAUAUACGUCCAUAACUCUGACUACCUAAGCACCAUCAAGCAGGGACCGAACGAAAGCCUAAAAGACUACAUGACCAGGUUUGCCGAAGCAACCAACGAGAUACCUAACCUAAACCCCAAAGUCCACCUCUACGCCUUAAAGAGCGGCCUCCGGCCAGGGAAAUUCCAAGAAUCCAUAGUCAUUUCAAAACCAAAAACCCUGGCCGAGUUCCGCGAAAAAGCAACGACUCAGAUCGAGGUGAAAGAAUUCCGGGCACUACGAAGAGCAGAUAAGCCUAUCCCAACCAGAGACGAGGAAAGGCAAAACAGACAGUCGAACAGCAGAACGGAUCCGAGAACGUUCAGGCUAACACCCAAAUUCGAUAACUAUACCACCUUCAAUGCAAAAAGGGAGGACAUCAUAAAGGACAUAUUGCACUCAAAACUUAUCAAACUCCCAAACAGGGCCGGUACAUAUCAAGACCAGCAUCAUAUGGACAAAUCAAGUAUUGUGCCUUCCACCAGAAGUACGGCCACACCACGGAUGACUGCGUAA